AUGCCUCGAGCAGCAUUAGGAAAGAGAGCCCGCGGCAUUGAUGAAACUGAUAUGCCCUGCCCAGUGGCUACUCCUCCCAAACGAAGCCGCCGCCUCGCAAAGACUGUUUCAUACAACGAUGAGAACGAAGACCCUGCAUACUCCCUUAUUGAUGAUGAGGAUGACGAUGUGUUGGCCGAGCUACCUCCCCGAACUCGAAGAUCUCCCUCACAAGUAUCAACGAAGCACAACCCCGUUACUCCUUCAACCCCUCGACAUCGAGAUGCCCUAUCGGUGCCUCCUACUACACCUCGACAUGCUGUCAUGUCGGCAGGCAAACUUUUCAAACGAUUGACGCCACACACACCACUCUCACCCAGCACCAUCCAGACUGUCUAUCACUUAGCACGAUCACUAUUUGCUCGAGGAGCUGAGCCUGGCCAACUUGUCGGCCGAGAUGCCGAGCGAACACAAUUAACCGAGUUUCUCAACCGAUAUUCUUCAUCAACCCCGAACGGCUGUCUUUACGUGAGUGGUCCGCCAGGUACCGGCAAGAGUGCCAUGAUCACCGAGAUCACUCGGCAGUAUGCCAAUCAGGAGGAUGUCCGGUCUGCCUACGUCAACUGCAUGAGUGUCAAGUCUUCUAAAGAUCUUUAUACUACGCUGCUAGGCGCACUUGGUCAAGGUUUCGACGCCUCCGAGGCUGAUGCAAUCACAACUCUGCAAACAAUGUUUGUGUCAAAGUCGAAGUCAAAGUCCCCCGUCUACCUUGUUACCUUGGACGAGAUCGAUCACAUUCUGACGCUGGGUUUGGAAAGUCUUUACCGAGUAUUUGAGUGGUCCUUACAAAAGAACUCUUGUCUUAUUCUUGUCGGUAUUGCCAACGCCCUAGACCUGACUGAUCGAUUUCUCCCUCGACUCAAGGCAAAGAAUCUCAAGCCUGACCUUCUGGCGUUCCUCCCCUAUACCGCCACCCAAGUCAAGACUAUCAUCACCUCACGACUCAAAUCUCUUAUGCCUGCAGAUGGGAAGGAAGGAUAUGUCCCGUUUAUCCACCCCGCUGCCAUUGAGUUGUGCUCUCGCAAAGUGUCAAGCCAGACUGGAGAUCUUCGCAAGGCUUUUGAGAUUUGCCGCCGUGCGUUGGACCUAAUUGAGACCGAAACUCGACAGAAGCACGAGGAAGAAGCCAGAGAGGAGCUGCUGCAAAUGACUCCUUCCAAGCGACCCCUCGGAGAAAAUAUCAACGGAGCAUCGACUGGAUCGAGGAGCGUGGUUCAGGUUAUGGCGAACACUCUCAAGGCUCUUACAGCAGAGACGGCGCCUCGAGCCUCAAUUGGCCACCUCAACAAGAUCACAGCAGCUGCUUUCAGCAAUGGAACAACACAGCGACUCAAAGCACUCAACCUUCAACAGAAGGCUGCACUGUGUGCCUUGAUAGCCUAUGAGAAGCGAAUCCGAGCUGCUGCCAAGAUGACCAAUGGCAGCGCUACUCCCUCAAAGUCGAAACUUUUGGCGCCAACCAUCAAGACUUUGUUCGAUGCGUACUGUCAGCUGUGUACCCGCGACUCAGUUCUGCACCCCUUGUCUAGCUCUGAAUUUAGAGAGGUUGCCGGCAGCCUCGAAACUUUGGGAUUGGUUAACGCAUCUGACGGGAAGAGCGGAAGCUUUAUCACACCGCAGACACCCAGCAAGCGAGGCCGCAAGACUCUUGCCGCUACAGGAGACGAACGAAGAAUUACGAGCUGUGUUGGAGAGAAGGAGGUUGAGUCUAUAGCCGACGGCAUCGGCACUGGUAUUCUAAAGAGCAUUUUGAGCGGAGAAGCAUUGGAUUAG